AAUGAGACCCGCCCUGGUGCUGAGAGCUGCGGAGUGUGAGACUACUGCGGGGAUGGUGCGGUGCCCUGCGGGAUCACUGGAUCUGACAGCGCGCUGGAACCCUGGACAGCUUUGACGCACCGAGUCCCGAUCAGAAGCGUCUCUUGGCUCUGUCCUUGUAGAGGCAGAACUCAGCUCACAUGCUGGGUGUUUUCCUCGGCCUGUGGAUGAGAUCGCGUUGAAUUGCCGGGGCAUUGAAUGUCACCUGCAGACCCAAUGGAUUACGGACGGACUAUGGCACCUCCGGUUCCGCCGCACAAUCCCAAAGCCGCCCGCUCGGGUCAGGGCCAGGAGCGGCUGCUGAAGUGCGUCCUUCUGGGAGACGGCGCGGUGGGGAAGACCAGCCUGGUGGUCAGCUACACGACCAAUGGGUACCCAACCAAAUAUGUCCCGACUGCAUUUGAUAACUUUUCGGCGGUGGUUCAGGUGGAUGGGAGCCCAGUGAGACUACAACUGUGUGACACUGCAGGACAGGAUGAGUUUGACAAACUCCGCCACUUCUGCUACAGUCGCACCGACGCCCUGCUGCUCUGCUUCAGCGUGGUCAGCCCCGCUUCAUUUCAAAACGUCUGGGAGAAGUGGGUCCCCGAGAUCCGCCGCCGCUGCCCCCUCACCCCGAUCCUCCUUGUGGGGACGCAAUGUGACCUGCGGCAGGACGUCAAGGUGCUGAUCGAGCUGGCGAGGCGGAGAGAAAGGCCCGUCGAGGAGGAAGACGCCAGAGCGCUGGCAGAAAAAAUGGGGGCCGUCAUGUACGUGGAGUGCUCGGCGCUGACGCAGAAGAACCUGAAGGAGGUGUUCGACGCGGCCAUCGCUGUUGGGCUGCGGCACUCUGACAGGAGGGCCCGCCGGGAGAGGAAGGUCCGCAGCACCGCUGAUAAGAUGAAGAUGCUGUCUAAGUCGUGGUGGAAGAAGUACGUGUGUGUCCAGUAGGAAGGGCGGGGAGAUAAAAGCUUUUGUAGCUGACGCAAAACUGGAACUGCCGUGGCUCCUGGAGAGACUGUGUCGAAAUGUAAGGACGUUACGGUUACAUUCCGAUGGAUGAGCUGGUCCCAAGGACAGGAGCAGAGAGCGCUGAUCUGAGCUCUGUAGGUUGCAGAUGGUUCCACUGUAAUGAGGAGGAAAAACUGACCAGCAUUCAACCAAAAAUAACAGUGCCAACAUCACAAUGAUUUCAUAUCGUACUGGAUUAAUCCAAAGGAAUGUGAGCUGACUUGGAGGGAAGAUGGCGAUGUUAAUCAACUUUAUUUCUGUUGUUGUUGUUUAAUUUGGCUCUUUUUUGUGAUUUCAUUCGAUGUGUCGUAUGCGUUUUACACCCUUAUUCAGACCCCUUGUUUAUAGAGACAUUUCUAAAUUAUCAUUAAAAAGGAAGAUAAAUGCGUCAAUGUGAACUGCUCUCAUUGAGGAACCAAGUUAUGGAUGAACUUAUUUAGAUGGAAAUACCACAUGAAAACACAUGAGCAAGUCAAGGUGCUACUUCCUUAAACAUUUUUUAAUGACUCAUUUCCUUCAAAUUACAAAUCUAUUCACACAUAUUUUCUAAAUUGACUUUUUGAGCAUAUUUUCAUUGAUUUUAUACCAUGAAAUUAACGUAGAUUGUUUUAUCAUUAAGAUAUUGAUACAGACAUCAUCCUAUUCUUUCAACAGAUCUGGGGUUUGAACUUUAAAGUACACUGAUAUGUAAGAACUGUAAAUUACAAAUGUAUCCAAAAUCUUACAAAUUAGGAUUAUCCAGGCAUUUCUUCUGACUGAAAGACUUUAUCAGGUUCUAGCCAUUUUUUUUCAAUAUUCAUUCCGGUUACAAAGCUGCUGCGAUUCAUCGGUAAUUUGCCCUUGUAUGCAGUUCACAAAGCUCACUGACAUCCGGCCACACGAUUGCCGGUGGACCCGUCGUUGAAUGGAAACUUGUUUGCAAAGGAGGCAUUUUCAAGAACUCUGAGUCAUGUUCACUGCAAAGCAUCUCUGAUUAAGAAGAUCAAAGAGUGUUUUCAUUUUAAGCUAAAUAUCAAAGUGAUCCGUGUGGAGCUAUUUCCUCUUUCGAAACCGAAUAAAGGAGGUAACAUUACCAAAGAGACUGAUCCUUGGUUUGCUUCUUAUUUUUCAGAAGCCCAUCCGAUCUGUUGUCUAUUUAUCUGUUCCCUCCAGGCUAACAACUAAUCAACCUCAACACCCAGCAGAUCUCCCACAGAACCUUAUGUAUGUCGCAUAGUAAAUAUUUACCGAGUGUAAUGCCAUCAUGAUAAAUCUGUGUGCAUAUGUGAGUGACUCAUUCACUGAACAUGCUGUACGACUUUAAAUGGUACCUAACAGAACGAGUGUUUCAGUUUCUGUCUGAUAUGAGAGAGGUUAAAGCUGAACGAGCGGAACUAAAUAAAAUGUGAAAUGUG